CUUUAUAUUUCCUGACCAUGGUGUAUGUGGUCUCCAAGCCUGUGGUGUAUUCCCCAGAACGUGUUUUUUCUGCAAUACAAUGGAUACAAUUUAUUAUGGCAAUUCUGAGUAUUAUAGGUUCAAGUUCACUUAUUUCCUAUGCUGUAUUCAAGAAUACGCCGAAAUCUCCAGAGAUAAGGCCACUUUUUUGUCUGAGCUUCUCUGACCUGCUACUGGGAAUUUGCUGGCUUACUGAGGCACUUCUCUAUGGAACUUCAAUAGCCAAUAAGGACAUUAUCUGCUAUAACUUGCAAGCACUUGGACAGAUACUCUACAUUUCCUCAUUUCUCUACACUGUCAAUUACAUCUGGUAUUUGUGCACAGAACUAAGGAUGAGACACAACCAGAGUGGACAGAACACAUCUCCACUGGUGACAGAUUCUACUUGCCGAGUUGGUCAAAUCACCUUCAUUUUUUCAAGCCUGAUACCUCUACUAUUGAUGACACCUGUGUUCUGUCUGGGCAAUACCAGUGAAUGUUUCCACAACUUCAGUCAGAACAACAGGUGUAUCCUGAUGUUCCCACCACCAUCAGUCAUGGCUGAACUCCUGCCUUCUGCCAAUACAUCUGUCUGUAACAUACUUUAUUUUUAUAGUAUCACCAUUUUCUUGGCUAGCUUUUUGCUCAGCUUCCUAACUAUUAUGGUCUUAUUCAUCCAAGCCCAAAACUUGUGUAAGAAGUUUGUGAAAUCACCUGGCUUUCUGGGGAACAAACAGCGAAUAGUGAUUCACAUUGUGGAACAGCGAGUGCGCUUCUACCCAGCGGCCUUCUUAUGCUGCUGGGGCCCAGCUGUCGUGCUGAUAAUCACAAAGCUGACUAAGCCCCAGGACACCGAGCUACACAUGGCCCUGUAUGUUCUCCAGGCUCUAACAGCAGCAUCCCAGGGUCUGCUCUACUUUGGAGUAUAUGGAUGGACACAGCACAAGUUCCACCAACUAAAGCAAGAGGCUCAAUGUGAUGUGGAUACCCAGACGCCAUUAUUAUGCUCACAGAAGAGAGUCUAUAACAGGGGCCAGGAUCCAUUAGGGUCUACUGUUACUUUUGCUACUAGCUCCUCCACCAUUCUUUGAAAUUACAAUUACUAGGAUACUCAGGAACUGGAAUUAUUUUACAUUAAUGGAUUGUGAAGAAUGU